AUGGUUAUGAACAUGAUGAACCUCCCUCUCAUGAGCACAUUGCAAAUCAAGAACUUUCAUUUCAUACAAGUGCCAUUGAUAUGUAACCACUCUCUGACCCCUUCUGAAAGCAUUUGUGCCUCAUGCAGACUAUCUGGACAUAAGCGUAGAUCAAAUAUGCUUUGUCCUUUAAACAAUAAAAACACGAGACUUUACGUGCCUGAAAAAAGAACUUAUAAAGGCAUCUCUACUAAUGAAGAGAUUUCUGCAGAAAGUAGCCAAUCUGCCGCAUUGAGAUUGAGACACGAAGUAUCUUCUGAAGAAACAACUCAAGUUCAAGUUCAACAUGUACUUGAGUCUAAUGGCUCUAAUGAGUCUGAUGAGAAUGAUGAAGACAUUGAAAGUGAUGAUACAGAAAGUGAAGACGAGACAGAUGACAGUCAAUCACAUGGAAUUGCUCGCAAAAAUCCGCUGUUUUCCAUGUGCUGUAACAAGGGUAGUGUUCUUCUUCUAGAUUUUGAGCCAACACCGUCUGAAAUGGCCAGUCUUUUAGUGCAUGGUACAGCCGCAUCAAACAUUUUCUUUCAAAAGAUUCGUGCUUAUAAUAGCACUUUAAGCUUUACUUUGUUGGGUGCAAAAAUCAAUCAUUCUGUUGCAAAUAACAGAAGUGGAGCAUACUGUUUCAGAAUACACGGCACAAUAUGCCAUAAUAUUGGGUCUGUUCUUCCAUCCACUGCUGAAGACUUAAUUAAGCCAAGAUAUGCUCAGCUUUAUAUUUAUGAUCCUGUCUCUCAAGUCAACUUCCAACACAACAAUGCUUCACAUCUCAACCAAAAUAUAAUAGAGCAGAUUCAGAGUAUGCUCAUAAGAGUAAACCCAUUUGUUUCUCUUUUUAAAUCAAUGGAGCAAUACUGUAGAACAGAAAACCAAGUUGUGAAUUUGACCCUUCGUUUGGUUGCUGAUAGUCAACAGGAUCAAAGACGCUAUAAUGCACCAACAGCAGAAGAAGUAGCUGUUUUGAUAAUGAAUAAUGAGCCUGGGACAUCAAGAGAUAUUGUUCUUCACACGCAAUCUAAUGGGCUACAGCAUAUAAACGAAUACCAUAGAUCAUACGACUCUCUCCAUUAUGUUUUGAUGUUUCCUUUUGGUAAAGAUGGUUGGACAAUCACUUCAUGUGGAACUUCAGGAAAAAAAGUUACUGCAAUGCAAUGGUAUUCAAGCAGACUGAUGUAUUGCAAAAAUAGUCUUCACCUACUCCAUCUCUUUGGUCGACUGUUCCAGCAGUAUAUUGUUGACAUGUACGCCAAGAUUGAGCAUAAUAGAAUUAUCUUUAUUGCAAAAAACCAAAAACGACUUCGAGUAGAUCUCUACAGUGGCGUACAAGACGCAAUGAAUCUUAAUGAUGGCAAUUUGAAUAAUCUUGGAAGACGAUUUCUUAAGGCUUUCUUCCUUUACUAUAUUUGGUUAUUAGAGUGUAUUUACUGCUUAACUAGUGUCGGUGUUACAAUUAUGACAUCAAAUGGGCCAGGCGGAACAGGAAAGACAUUUGUAUUCAAUGCUCUUUUGUGUCAUGUUUGUCAUCAAGGAAAGAUCGCCCUUGCUGUUGCUACCAGUGGUAUUGCUGCACUACUUUUGGUUGACUUCCAAUGCUGCCAGUUUCCUGUUCGCCUUGCUUUUGCAAUGACAAUCAACAAAUCACAGGGGCAGACACUUGAUCAUGUUGGUCUAUACUUACCUUCACCAGUAUUUGGACAUGGUCAGCUUUAUGUUGCCCUAUCCCGUAUCAGAAAACCGUCAGGAAUCAAAAUCAUGGUGGAUAUCCCUGAUGCCAGCACAACUCAAAAUACUGUCUAUACAGACAACGUCAUAUAUCAUGAAGUAUUUGACGAACCAACAGACUAA